CAAUCAUCUUUGCCAUCCAAACAAUCAACAUGCGUUCCUUUAUCGUCCUGUGCCUUAUUGCCCUGGCCACGGCUGACAAACUGGGCUACAACUACCAGCCCGUGGCCCACUCCUCGUCUGGAUUAAGCUUUCAGCCAUCUGGCUUGGCCAGCAACGAUGCCCCUGCCUUCGCGGCUGCACCCAGUGCACCCAGUGCAUCCUUUGCCGCCGCUCCCAUUGCUGACUCCUUCGAGGGAUCCCAGUCGGCUGCUGCCCCCAACUAUGCUGCUCCCCAGGCCGAGCUCCAGAAGGAGUUCUUCACCUACUCCGCCGACGAGGGCGACUUCUACGACCCGGCUGCCUCCGAUCAGGUCUCCAAUGCCGUGAACAAGGCUCUGCGCGUCGUCUUCAUCAAGGGACCCGAGAACCGUGGCCUGGAGGAUGCCGCCCUGGCUCUGGCCAAGCAGGCUGCCCAGCAGGAAACCGCCAUCUAUGUGCUGAACAAGCAGGCUGAUAUUGGAGAUCUGGCCAACAAGCUGAAUGCCAUCCGCAACAACAACAACAACAAGCCCGAGGUGCACUUCGUCAAGUACCGCACUCCCGAGGAUGCGGCCAAUGCCCAGCGUGCCAUCCAGGGUCAGUACGACCAGCUGGGCGGAUCUUCCCAGUCGCAGAACGGCGGUGUGGCCUCCACCCUGAACUUCGCCUCCCAGCCCGCCCACCAAGAGACCGCCGCUGCCAGUGCUCCUGGUCCCAGCUACUUGCCCGCCAACAUUUUCCGCCGUUUCCGUCUUUAAUCGCCAACCAGCCGUUGUUUCGAUUUGUUG